GCUUAGAAUACGCCAUGUUUUUGGCAGCUUAAAUUCUUGUAGAGUUUUUGGAGAAAUGAAAUUAAAUAAGGAAUGUCAGAAUCAGGGCUGUAGUACGGGUUUAAUAUACAUUAUGUGUAGGAAAAACAUGUCUAACUCAUCUGAUUGCAAAUAAUGAAGCUUUAAAAAUGCCAGGUUGGACAGUGGGUUGUUCAAUAGAGGUUAAACUUCACGAAUACAAAGAAGGAACACCGUCACAGAAUACGUUCUUUAUAGAACUAUGGGAUAUCGGUGGAUCUUUGAGUCAUAAAAAUACUAGAGGAGUAUUUUACAAUUCAAUAAAUGGAAUAAUUUUAGUACAUGAUUUGACAAAUAGAAAAAGCCAUGAACAUUUAUCUGAAUGGUUAUUUGAAAUUCUAAAUAAAGACGAAAAAAAAGACUUUUUAAGAUUACAAACGAGUCAGGAAAUUGAAUUUGAUUCAGAACAAUUUUUGGGUACCACACAAAUACCAAUAUUAGUUGUUGGAACAAAAUUAGAUUUACUUGAUGAUAAACGUCGCACAAAAAAUUCACAAAAGAAUAGUAGUAUUGCAGAACAAUGUGGUGCAGAGGAAAUUUGGCUUAAUUGUCAUGAACCUAGAAGUUUUGCUGCUGGUACGACAGAUGCUGUAAAAUUAUCGAGAUUUUUCGAUAAGGUAAUUGAAAAGAAACAUUAUUCCAAAGAUACAAGCAAUUUGUAUGGUGAACGACGUCGAAUAGCUAAUUCAGUGUCACCGUUUAAUACACCCUUUACUUCACCAGAUAUAAGUGUAGCAUCUUUAUCUAAUACAUAUAAAACUCCAAAUACUGUGAUUUAAUUAAUUUAUUGAAAUACAUAUGACCAUUUUACACAUUCCA